AUGUCGGAAAGUGUUGCAGUGUUGAGGACGAGUCCAGUGCAACUGGGUGGCCAAGUGAGUGAGGAGCAAGCAUAUUUCCACCAAUUUUUUUGGACUUUCCCACCGUGUAUCGAGGCAUUCAGACCUUGCAAGUCCCUGGUUAGCAUAGACGGGACCCACCUGUACGAGAAGUACAGUGGAACACUGCUAGUUGCUAUUGCGCAAGACGAGAACUCUAACAUCAUUCUUGUCGCAUUUGCACUUGUGGAGGGUAAGAAUGCAGCGUCAUUGUUAUUCUUCUUAUCGCAUCUUCGACAGCAUGUCACGCCUCAACCAGGCAUUCUUGUUAUAUCAGAUAGGCAUAACGGAAUCAAGGCUGCACUAGAGGCUCCUGAUGGAGGUUGGCUUCUGCCUAAUGCAUAUAGGGCAUUUUGUAUCCGGCAUGUUGCAGCGAAAUUUGCCCUCAGUUUUAAGGGCAAGGAUGCUAGGAGAUUUCUAGUCAAUGCUGCUUAUGCGAAGACCGAGGUAGAGUUCGACUACUGGUUUGACAUCCUCCGCUCUGAGGAUCCAGCCAUGUGUGACUGGGCCAAUCGGAUUAACUAUGCACAGUGGACUCAGCAUCGUGAUGAAGGACGGAGGUUCGGGUAUAUGACGACGAACAUCUCCGAGUGUGUUAACUCGAUCCUAAAGGAUGUAAGGAACCUUCCGUGUGUUUAG